UCUGUUCUCCCCGCAGAGUCGUGUGGAUUUACUACCAGAAAGCAGCCUUUAUUUGUGUCUGCUGAGCACAGCACAUUAAAAAACACGCCAGGAAUCUAAACGCUCGCUUACUGUCUCUACAGUGUGGGUUUGAAUUUAAGGACCCUCAGGGUUUUUUCUGCCUUUAUUUUCAUUUUUAACUCUUUGAAGGAGACACAAAGGAGGGAUGGGUGCUCAGUUGACUAAAGGUGAAGCUACAGUGGACGGAAAAGCCGUGGCUGAUAAAGCCAAUGGCCAGGAAAAUGGCCAUGUGAAAACCAAUGGCGACGUAUCCACCAAGCCAGAUGGAGAAGCCGUGGCAGCAGACGGAAAUGGAACCGCGGAGGUUGCCAAGGAGGAGGCCGCCAAGACGGAGGAGGGAGAUGGCAUCGAAGCCGCUCCUGCUACCGAAGGUGACGCCGCCAAAUCUGAUGGCGAAGCUGCAAAGGAAACCAAGAAGAAAAAGAAAUUCUCACUGAAGAACUCCUUCAAAUUCAAGGGCAUUUCCCUGAAAAAGAACAAGAAGGGAAGCGAAGGAAGAGCAGCAGAUGGAAGAGUGUGGCUCCCUAUUCACAGACUUUUCAGUCAUUUGUCUCUUUAAACUUCAUCCGAUCCUUGAUUUUUCAGGGCUGAUGAGUGAAAUGACAAAUUGUCCUCUUAGGAGAUGGUUACGGGACGAUGUAAAACUACAAAUAAAUAAAAAAAAAAAACUUUUUUAAUAGUGUUUAAAUAGCUCUACAUUCCAAUUUUUUGGCCCUGAAGGGUGCCAGAAGAUCUGGGCUAGUGAAUAGGUUUUAGUCUUAGUCUGUUUUUAAUGAUGUUUUACAGUUUUAAUCAGAUCCAGCUACACAUUUCAAAGUUUGUGACAAAGGGGAGUUAAACCACUGCUUUUAUUAAAUAUAUAUUUUUGUUCUGUUAAGUCUCUGUACAUACAUUUUCUGACUCUUUAUUUUGCUAACAUUUCCAGGUGUUAAUAAGAUGUUGUACGAUUAGUCCAAAUAAAUGUUUGACCGAC